AUGUUUCGAAGAUCUAAGAUAAAGAUUACACCAAAGAUACCUCAAGCUAAACAAAGUGGAGAUCGUACACACGUCGAGUCCUUGACUCCUGUUCAGACAUCUUCAAAUCUCAAUGAAACAAACAUUUCUAAUAACAGUGAUCAAACCAAUCAACUGGAUAAAGCAGAAAACAAAUCAUCUACAGUAGAAUCAUUGGAACCAACAAGUAUUAUAGCGACACCUAAACUGCCAAAGGAAAAUGCUGCUGCUCCUGUGGUCGAUUUGACAUCAUCUUCAUUAAUAACAGAGUUGGUUGAAAGUCAACCUGAAGUCAAUAAUAACACAAUAAUCGAGAAAACUUCAAUUGUUGAGGAAAACAAUGAAAUUUCAUCUGAUACACCAACAGAAAAGGCUAAAGUCGAUGCAGUAUCCAAAAAGACACAAACUGUACCAAAAUUAACAACCUUGAUUGAACCUGUUGAUGAUCCACCUCAACCUUCAGAUAAACCAGUAACAAAAGAACUACCAAAAGAACCACCAAAAGAAUUACCCAAAGAGUCACCAACUAUUCCGAGUCCAAUUAUCAGAGAUAAACUUCAAACUGACACAGUUAGACCAAGAAAAAGGAUUAAAAUAUCACCAAAGGAUCUACUUGAUCGUAAUUCUCUAACUCUCUAUCAUCUUAUUCACGCUCCAAUAUCUCGUGGUAAACGUAUUGGUAAAAAUAAGGAUAAAGAUAAGGAUAAGGAUAAGGACAAGGAUAAGGAUAAAAAAUUGGAUGAAACUUCUGAUGAGAAUGUAGAGAAAAGGUCAGAAUCUGGAGAUUCAGGUAAACAAGAAACAACUGAUAAUAAAUCAAUAAAUGAUGAUACAAUGGAUAGUGUAAUUACAACAGUAUCAUCAGCAUCAACUAUAAUAACAAAUAAUGAAGCUAACGAUGUUGAUAAAACACAAGAAAAAGAAUCAAUUGGUCCUCGAGUUAAAGUUGGUCCAGAUGGUGAAUUAAUAAUCGAUGAAGAAUCUUUGGUUAUCAAGAAACCUAAGCCUGUAGAAAGAGAGACUAUUGAAGAACCUGCAUAUGGUAAAACAACUUAUUCGUCAUUCCGUAAACGUCCUCCAACUGUACGAUGGACUAAAACGGAAACAAUUGAAUUUUAUACUGCUCUUAAUCUUAUCGGACCAGAUUUUUCAUUAAUGUCAAACCUUUUUUUCAAUGGUAAACGAAGUCGAACUGAUUUAAAGAAUAAAUUUCGUCGUGAAAAUAAACUGAACAAAACUGUAAUUGAUAAAGCUUUAUACGAAGCUGAUGUGGAAUAUUGUUUGGCCCGAGAAGCUGUUCAAAGUGAUCAUUCCUAG